CCCUGCUAAGCUAAGCCCAGUCCAGCUGAGUCCAACGGAGCCGAAUGCAGCUGAGCAAAGCCCAGCCAUCAGGGAGCAGAACGUGGAAUAUCCAUGGCUCCAGUGACACAGGAACUGCCUCUCAUGUGCCUGAUGCUGCUCCUUCUCUGCAGAGACCUGGGUGUGGGUGCCCAGGCGGGUCAGGGCUUCAGUCUGCAGCAGCCCCAGGACAAUGUGACGGUGGCAGCUGGGGAGACGCUCACCCUGAACUGCACCACAUCUGGAAUCGCUGGACCGGGUCCUGUGAAGUGGCUGAAGGGCUGGGGCAGUGGGAACAAGACCGUCUAUGACCAGAACGGGGACUCCUUACCCCGUGUGACGAAAGCAGUGGUUGAGUCCAACACAGACUUCACCAUCCACAUCAGGAACGUUCAGCCUGAGGACAUGGGCACCUACUACUGUGUGAAGUAUGUCAAGACAGACACUGGUGUGGAUGAGGUGUCUCACCAUGGCAGGGGCACUGAGGUGUCUGUGCAAGCCAAACCCAGCCCCCCGCUCAUGUCUGGGCCCAGGCAGAGAGCGAGGCCAGGGCAGUCGGUGCCUUUUGUCUGCACAACUGGAGGGUUCUUUCCUGAAAAGAUUGGGGUGAAAUGGUUCAAGAACAAGGACCCCAUGGUGGCUCAGGUGCCCCUGGUCACCGAAUGGAGGAUGAAAACCUACAACAUGUCCAGCACAGUGAUGGUGACCCUGCAGAAGGAUGAUGUCCGCUCACAGCUCAUCUGUGAGGUGCAGCACUCCACGCUGCCGGCGCCGCUGCGUGGGAGGUUCCAGCUCAGCAGUGUCCUGCGAGUUCCCCCCAGCGUGGAAGUGCGCGCUGAGCCGAGCCCCGUUGAGGUGAACAACACCGUGGUCUUCACCUGCCUCGUGAAGGAGUUUUACCCAGGAAAGGUGUCCAUUUCCUGGCUGGAGAAUGGGAUGGAGAUAAAGGCAGAGAACGUCUCCCGGCUAUCUGAGCUCCCCCAGGGCUUGUUUGAGCUGAGAAGCCAGGUGGAGGUGCAAGCGAUGGAGGAGAAAAACGGGUCCACCAUCACCUGCAUGGUGGUGCACGAUGCCCAGGCCCCUGCCAAGUACUCAGCCGUCCUGUGGAUCUCCAACACGGCCCAGGAUGUGUCCCACAUGAAUAAGGAUGCGUCAGAGCUGCUGGGAUGGGGUGCCUGCCAGGGUGCCUGUGUGGUGUCACCCCCUGAGGGAGCUUGCAGUGCCAGAAAAGGCUCCCUGUGGGGGUUGGGAUGCCUCUCCCCAAGCCCGGGUCACUCACAUCCUCUGUCCCCGUUCCAGGUGUAAAUUUUGUGUCCAGCCUCCUCCUCCUCUGGCUUGGUAUCCUGCUGGAGAAGGGGCUCCUUGGUGGGCUCCUCUUCUUCCUCUUCAAGCGCAUGAAGAGAUAAGCACUGGAGAUGUUGCCCUAUCCUGCUCCACCUCAGUCCCUGGCUCCUUGAGCCGGGUCUCAGGGCUUGACCACUGCCAGCG